AUGCUUAUUCUGGCUACUGCCAUUGAUGCCUGUGGCAGUAACUGCAGACCGGAAGUGGUUCUUCUACUUCUUUCAUUUUUGAAAUCAGGUCAAGGAGAGCCUCUGGAUGACUAUGUGAAUACCCAGGGGGCUUCACUGUUCAGUGUCACUAAGAAGCAGCUGGGUGCAGGAAGUAUAGAAGAAUGUGCAGCAAAAUGUGAGGAGGAGAAAGAUUCCACCUGCAGGUCAUUUCAACAUCAGAGUAAAAGGCAACAAUGUGUGAUAAUGGCUGAAAACAGGAAGUCCUCCAUAAUCAUGAGGAUGAGAUAUCAGUUCAUUUGA